AUGGCACUUCUGUUAUCUAGCAUCAAGAGAAAGGUUUCAGCACUUUCAUUCAGUACAACGGUGCGGUGCCUUUCACUCUAUGUGAGUUCAAAACCGUUAGAAGAGUCAAUACCUGAUGCCCGCUUCCUAAAACAUAGCACUCCUGAACCACGGCUUGUAGAUCAUACCCCCUUCCUACUCUUCCCUCAAGUUCGCUUAUCAACCCUUCCAAAUGGUAUUCGUGUUGUUACCCAAUCAGCCCCUGCGUCUUCCUUGCACAUGGCCUCCAUUGGUGUCUGGAUUGAUGCAGGGAGCCGGUUUGAGACUCCUGGGACCAAUGGAACAGCUCACUUCCUUGAGCACAUGAUCUUUAAGGGCACCAGGCGCAGGACUUCUCAGUCACUAGAGGAAGAGAUUGAGAACUUGGGUGCUCGGCUUAAUGCCUAUACUUCACGCGAGCAGACAACCUUCUUUGCUGAUGUUCAGUCCAAGGACAUUGCAGUUGCAGUUGAUGUACUUGCUGAUAUCUUGCAAAAUUCGAGGUUCCCCGAGCAUGCCAUUAAGAGGGAACGUGGUGUCAUUCUCCGGGAGAUGGAGGAGGAAUUAAGAUUUAUGAGUGAAGGUAAAUCCGUUAAGUGCAGUGAAUGA